AUGGCCUCUGAUCGCGUCGAGGUCGACACCGCCCGCCCUUUCCGGUCCGUGAAGGAGGCGGUCGCGGUGUUCGGGGAGCGCAUCCUCGUCGGCGGGAGCAACUCCAGAUACAGCAGCAGUGCGGUUGCCAUUGCCGACGCGCAUGCCAAUGCCACCCCUAACGCCAAGCACGAAGAUAGCAGUAGGAGCAGUACCACCACCCUUUCUCCAAAUGCAAUGGCAGAGGUAGAUGCGGAGCUAGAGCCAGAGGCAACGGCAGCUAUCGUGCCUAUGUACUCCGCGCACUCCUCGCCGUCGUUCACGUCGCCGCGUUCGGCGUACGGCGACGACGGCGAGCUUGGUUGCCAAGACGACGAGGCCGGGCUCGCGGUCGUGAGCUCCAUCAAGAAGCUGGAGGCGGAGGUGGCCGAUACGAGACGGGAGGUGCUGCAGCUCAGGAAGAGGGGCACCGAGAUGGAGAUGGCCGUGGCCAGCCUCAACGCGCAGCUCCACCGAGGCCUCUCGAGGCUGGCCGAGAUCGAGGCCGACAAGGCUGCUGCGGCGGCGGCACGGCGCAGCAUCGGCGGGGACACCGACGUGAUGGCGGCGGCCAUGGUGCGGAGCGAGCGGUGGGCCGAGAAGUCCAGCACGUACAGCAGCGAGUACCUGCCGUCCUUCAGCCACGCGCUGAGCCUCGGCGAGAUCGACGACGACCUGCUCGGCGGCAGGAGGAGGAAGGCGCAGAAGGUGAAGCCCAUCGUGCCCCUCAUCGGCGACAUCCUCUUCUCCAAGAGUUUCUCCAGGAGGAAGAGCGGCAAGGACAGCGGGGAUCUCUCCAGCGUGUUAGGGUGA